ACCGCGGCGACGGUGUGCAGAGCGGAGGAGGACGUGAGGUGGAGUGCGAGGACGCGCCAAAACAAAACCACGCCCCAAAUCAAAACCGAAGUGUACACAGACUGUGACUUCGCUCUGACCAAAACGGACUUGGAAAUGGGUGGAGAAAGCGUUUGUGUUUUCAAAGAUCAUUUAAACGAAAAUCAGGCCGACCGAACCCCGACGUCGCGCUCGAUUUUGGACGACGCCGGGCUGGAAAAGGUCAAACGGACGUUGAAUUUGAGCGAAGAAACGGGCAAGAGGAAGAAAACAGCGGAGCCUGCGUUAAAACGAAAACCAAAACGCAAAGAGGAGAUGGCGGACGCGGUCACGAAGGCGGUGACCCGGGCGACGAAGAAGAGUAAAGUGGAACAGGAGCUGAAUUUAACGGCGAGUAAUCGAAGUAGUUUAAUGAUUCUAAACGGCGAUGAUCAGAAGAGCGUGAAGGCCAAAGCCAGGACGGUAAAAAGGGUCAAAAGUUUAAGUCUGCAAACGUCCACAGGAGGUAAAGUGGAGUCUCCUGAAGCCCUCACAGCUCCUCUGCCUGAAACCGUCACGAACUCGAGUAAGAAACGAAAGAGCAGAGAAGAGGCGAGGGCGGAGGAGAGCAGAGCCGCGGCCAUCACGGAGAAGACGGAACGCAAGACCAAGAAAACCAAAACGGCGGCGAAGGACGCGGGCUCGAAGGGCAGGAACGUCACGGAAAAGGUCUACUUCGAAAUGACGCUGCCGCCUGAAAACGACGCUGGGGACGUGUGCGGUGUCGCGGCGCCGCAGAAUCUUCAGGAGGACGCCGGAGUCGGUGAGGUCAGUGAGGUCGUCGAGGGCGGAGUCAGUAAACGGAGGACGCGGAGGACGGACCCUCAGAAGAGGAAGUGCCGCGUGUUUAAAUCCCGUAAAGUCGACGAGGCCGUUACUGCGGCGACGGCGGACGACGCCAUGUUCAAGCAGGGCAGCUCGACGCGGCUGCUGCGGAGCCAGUCGUGUCCCGAGAUCCCUUGGCUCCGCCCCCUGGACACGCCCUGGACGGCACAUUUCCACUUGCCGCCGCGCAGCCGCUCCCAGCCCCCGCAGCAGCAGCACCCCGCCCCCCCCAGCCUCUCCUCCUCCUCAUCCUCUUCGCUCGCCCAUCACUUCCACCGCUCGUCUCGCCGCGCUCGCCGCCACACCGUCUGCAGCCUGGAGGUGGAGCGCGAGAUCGCCCCCUUGUGUCUGCGCAAAGAGAGAGAAGUGGAUAGGUGUUGUGGAAAGGUUUUUUAUUGCUGUGACUGAGACAUGUUUAUCCCAACACUGG